AUGUCGAUCUAUGCGUUGCCAGGAGCCCUCCAUGAGCUGAUCUCCAAGGGUAUAUCCAAGUCUAAGGAUGAGUCUGAUGCUUGCUCCUCUCCAACCAAGGACGCGAAGCCUGUUGUAGCACAGGAUAUCGAUGCGAGCUCUUCUUGUUCCAUCUUCAUUGACACAACCGCAAGCAAUCCUCUUCAUAGAAAGCCUUCUAAGGGUUGUGCCUCUUCUCCCAUGGACAAUGGAUCCGAUCAUUCCAAUUCCAGUAACAGCAGCAGCAGCAGUUGUUCCAGUAGCCGUCAUGGAAACAACAAUGUCAAACUAUCCGUUAAGGAAGCCAAGCUUGAUCCGGAGAGGCUCAUUCGAUCACUUGCUACCAGCAGUAGCAGCGACGCCAAGAAAUCCGAGAGUUCCGGGGAUGACUCUUCCACUAACACUUCUUCCAGUGGCCAACGCCGCCGACGCAACAAGAAGGACGACCGCGAUCCUCACGAGGACGCCAUCAAGUUUGAGAUCAACGUAUCUUUCAACGGAAGAGAGUAUACGGCUACUCGCACACUCCCUAGAAUCCUUCAGUUCCGAUGUGAUCUCAUUGAAGAGUUUCAAGAGAGACGCAAGUUCCGAGAACGAAGAAGGAAGCGCAAGGAAUCGGUAGCUCCAAAGAUGGUCAAGGUGAAGGAUCUUUCCGAUGACGAAGAGGAAGAAAAGGAUAUCCCCGAGCUACCUCGCCUAGCCGAUGACACGGCUCAUGGCAAUGGCUUUACCAUGUUGAACGCUCUCCUACGCCCCUACGGGACGGGUGUAGAACGAUGGCUUCUCAAGGUCUUGGAUAUUGUGCCACAUGACAGUCAGUGCUUGACACAAUUCCUUUGGGAACCCAUCUCUGGAUCUGCUACCAGCAGAAAGUUUCAGAGGCGCAGGUCCAGUUUGACAUCCAUCCAGGAGGCGGCGGAUGAUCUCUCUUACGACAGUGAUACAGAUGAGUUCCUCUUGCAUCACUAA